UGUCAAAAUGGCGUAUUUUGUAAUUACUGGUAAAAACGACUGCCCAAAUACCACCCACGCUCUCCACGUUGCUGAUUAUUUGAACAGAAAACUCCCCCAUUUCGUGUACCAUUCGGUGGUAAAAGCAGAAGAUGAAUGGAUGAUCUACUUGGACCAAUUAAACAGUGAAAAUAACUGGCAUCAAACAAAAAGUCCCGUUAUUUGGAAAGAAAUCAGCAGAAUGGGAGGUAAAAAAUAUCUCCUUGGAGGACUUGGAGAAUUUUGGGAAUACUUAUACGACUAUUACGGGUUCCAAUCACGAAUGAGUAAAGAGGAUUUAAAGAAAAUCAUGGCGGAUAAUUUACUUAUUGCAUCCUCAAAACAAGAAAAUCAAGUACAUACUAUUAGCAUUAUUGGUUGUAGCAAUACUUUAGUUUUGCAACCUCACAUCUACGAAUUGCAACACUGUUUCGACUCAGGACAAGAAACUUUGCUUGAAAUAAAACUAUACGAUCAGCGAUUGGACGACCCAGAUGAAGAAGAUGUGAUGUUGGAUGUGAUUGACGAAAUCAAAGAUACACUUAAAUGUAUUCCCCAAAACUUGCAUAUUGUUCUGAGCCAAGAAGAAGCCAUCAGCAAUUGCGAUUUGCUCAUCAUUAUAGAAGACUAUAGCAGACAAUCCGGCGAAGAUAUAGACUUGUGGUUGGAACGCUGCCGGAAAAGCAUGGUCCUCCUCGCCGACGAUGUGAAUCAAAACGCCAAACGCAGUUUGCGAAUUGUCCUAAAUCACCACGGUCCUGUUUGUUUCAACGCCUCAGUUCUUAUGGAGUAUUGCACUACGAUAAGAGUUACAAACAUCGUAGCCGUCACUACCGAUGAAGCCAUUUCUGUUAUUAGUCAAAUGGCAGAGAAAGUGAACGAAUAUGUGGAGAAUUUUUGGUGUCCUCCAGUGUGGGGUUUUUGUGGAAUCAUGUCCUAUAUACCAAUACACGCAACUUGUAUCAAAACCAGUGUAUAUAGACCCUUUAAAAGGGCUCUCAAAACUAAAGAAACUUCCAAACUGCCUAAAGGCGUAAUACAGCCCGAAAUCCGAUUUUUAGAAAAUUUGAUCAAAACGGACGAUGAUGAUCUUUAUGAAGAACUCGAAAGUCGAAAAGAAAAAGAAAAGCAGUUGCUUGGAAGAGAGCCUGUUUUACCGAAAGCUAGAGCUCUGGGGAGUUUGCUAAAACGGUGGUAUGCCAAAAAUAUAAAUGACGAUAUAAUUUCGUUGGGGAUCUAUUCCAAGGGAACCUUUGGAUUUCCUAAGGGUGUUUGCGUCUCUCAACCGGUUUUACUUAAUGAAAACAGGAUAUGGGAAUCUAUACCUAACCUACCACUACGCGAAACAACCAAAGUAAAGAUCCAAGCAAUUUCACUCCAUGUUGAAAACACUCUUAAGAAAUAUGGACUUGGUGAGAGAUUUGCACACAAUGUUGAUUAAACUCUGAUACACAUUUCCCCUGAAGUAAUAAAUAAAACAGCACAAAAACUAAAAAA